CUGAUUAGGCUCGAGAGCUAAAUUUAAUCUGAUCAAAUCUGCAUCCAGGCUUGCUUUACAACAGAAUGUAUCAUCAAGAAAUUGCAUAGAAAAGACCUGUCCGACAACAUGAAGUAAGUUGUUAGGUCUCAAGCUCAUAGUGCCAUUUUCUGAGGAUUAAAUGUUAAAAACAAAAAAGGCAUUAGGACUUCAGCAAACAGCAUUUAGAGUCAUUAUCCACCAAUGGACACAAGAUGGAACUUUCCCAGAAGGGAACGUAUCAAAUUUACUCCAAGAGCACGUUUAAGACUCAUCCAGAGGGUCACAGAAGAGCCCAGACCAACGUCUAAAACACUGCAGACCUCUAUUUCAGGUAAGGUCAGGGUUCAUGAUUUAACUAUAAAAGAACAACUGGGGGGAAAUGACAUGGGACAGUUUUGAGGCCAGAACUACAGCGAGGCAAAAAGAAAGCAAAGGCAAAGGCCGGUCUUACACUUUCCUAAAAAAAUAACUUGAUUUAACUUUAGUCAAAUCCUUCUCACUAUGAUCCUCUGAUUUAAACCAUCAGUAGGAUGCACUUUUAAUGUUUAUUCUUUUUACACACACACACAUAUAUGUAUAAUUUAUAGUUACAAAAAUUAUUCCUCAAUUACUGUGGUGUUCAAAUCUUCACAUUUUUUUUUGUCAUUUGCUUAUUGCUCAAAUAAAAACGCAAUAAAAAUAAAUUUGCGGGAUGACUUGUACUGUGCCCAACACCCCCUUCCCAGCCAGUUCUUCCGUCUUCUUCGUGGUUUGCGCCAGUGGCAACAUCCGGUUAUUGAUCAUGUGACUCGUGUGAUGAGGGAAAAAAGCGCUUCAGUUGCAGUUUUGCAAAAAUAAUGAAACAAACCGAUUUUGAUACGGCUGAAAACCCCACCUCAUCCCGCCACAACUAUUCACAGGGGUCAGUCCUUAAAUAUGGAAACUGCAAUGAAGGACUGAAAGAACGACAGUAAACGAGGACAGAGUCAAGGGAGAGAGAGAGCCGUCCAAGAAAAGACAAGUAGGACACGAGAAUGGAAGGGAAGGAAGGGCACAAGGAAAAAGGAAAUAAGAAGAAGGUCAAAAUGGAAAGGACACAAUGCAGAAAGGAACGACAGAAGGAAACAGAAAAAGGAAGAAAAGUGAGUCUAAAAGAAAGGCAGAACACGAGGAAGGCAAAGAAAGAUAAGAGAAAUUAUGCAACUACUUUUUUUUUACUCGCAUAAGGACUGAAGUCUGGAAAAUAAAUCUUUUUCCAGUCUCUUAUUUUUCUACCUUUACUCACACCUGUAAGGUACUCAAAUAUCAGUGCUUCUCCAGUCUGUUCUGAAACCUGAUGAAACUUCAUCAAUUCUAGCUUCCCACACGAAGAAAAGAAACCUCCCCCUUUUCCCCAACUUUGUGGCAGCGCGCUUGGAAGCCCUUCAUCUGGGCGGUGGUGCGGUGUGGUGGCUGGUGGGCGUUGGUCUCCUCAGCAACUACAUUCAUCCUUGAACGCAAAGUGCAGCUGAAGACCUGUUGAUUCUGUUUUGUUCUCCAUCGGGUUUUCUUUUUCUUUGCUCUUCGUUGGGUUUGAGAGACGUGAAUUUCUGAAUGACAUAUCUCUCUCCGCAGAUGCUUCUGCUGACCCUCCCGGCUCCGAAGAUGCGGACGCGGAUCGGUUUUCACCGGCAACAGCAGCAGCAGCAACAACAAUGAGAACGACGUGACAGAAGACGGAGCGGAUUAGUUUUUCCAAGACUGCCUCUAACGGUGAUGCCGUCAUCGAUUCCCAGAGAGCUGUUGCUGUUGCGCGUUCCGCUGUUUUAGGCGGCGUGCCGGACGCUGACGAGGCAGGCGGCUGUGCGUCUUGGAGAGGGGCAGGGGACGCCGGAGACGCGCAAGCAGCAGCAUCAACAUCAGCGGCGGCUCCCCACAGUCUGCUCGGGUUCGGAUCAUCCGGCAGCCUCCGGGCGUCGCCGGGCCGUCAGAGCGGACCGCGUUAUGCGCACCGACCACCUCCGUCUUGGCGUCUCUCCCUGAGACCCCAUCGAGUCAUGUCUGAAACUGAGCGAUGGGCAAGUUCGACGACAACGAGAGGAUAAUCCUCAACGUCGGGGGCACGAGGCACGAAACCUACAAGAGCACCCUGAAGACCCUGCCGGGGACGCGCCUGGCCCUGCUCGCCUCCGACUCGGACAUCGACUCCGUGCUGGACCAGCUGCAACAAGUCCCCGGCUUCAUCGAGUACAACGCGCGGACCAACGAGUACUUCUUCGACCGCCACCCGGGCGUCUUCGCCUACGUGCUCAACUACUACCGCACCGGGAAGCUGCACUGCCCGGCGGACGUGUGCGGACCGCUGUUCGAGGAAGAGCUCUCCUUCUGGGGCAUCGAUGAGACGGACGUGGAGCCGUGCUGCUGGAUGACCUACCGGCAGCACCGCGACGCGGAGGAGGCGCUGGACGUGUUCGAGCUCAACGUGGACACCACCUGCGAGGAGGACGACGAGAUCGGCAAGAGGCUGGGGAUCGAGGACGUGGCGGCGGACGGGAACGUCAGCCUGUGGAGGAAGUGGCAGCCGGUGAUCUGGAACCUGUUCGAGGACCCGUACUCCUCCAGGGCGGCGCGGUUCAUUGCCUUCGCGUCUUUGUUCUUCAUCCUGGUCUCCAUCACCACCUUCUGCUUGGAGACCCAUGAGGCUUUCAACAAAAUCAUCAACAAGACCGACGCGCGGAACAGCAGCGAGCCGGACCCGGCGCCGCAGUACGAGAUUGAGACCGAUCCCGCGCUCACAUACGUGGAGGGAGUUUGCGUUUUCUGGUUCACCAUCGAGUUUCUUGUGCGCGUCACCUUCUGCCCCGUCAAGCUGGAGUUUGUUAAGAGCGUUCUCAACAUCAUCGACUUUGUGGCCAUUCUGCCCUUCUACCUGGAGGUAGGGCUGAGCGGCCUCUCUUCGAAGGCCGCCAAGGACGUCUUAGGUUUUCUCAGGGUGGUGCGUUUCGUCCGGAUUCUGCGCAUCUUCAAGCUAACGCGUCAUUUUGUAGGGCUUAGGGUGCUGGGCCAUACAUUGCGGGCCAGCACCAAUGAAUUUCUGCUGCUAAUCAUCUUCCUGGCGUUGGGAGUUUUGAUUUUUGCCACCAUGAUAUAUUACGCCGAAAGGAUCGGUGCCAAGCCCAAUGACCCCACGGCCACUGACCACACCAAGUUCAAGAACAUUCCCAUCGGCUUCUGGUGGGCCGUGGUGACCAUGACUACUUUGGGCUAUGGAGAUAUGUAUCCGGAGACCUGGUCAGGCAUGGUGGUAGGAGCGUUGUGCGCUUUAGCAGGUGUGCUGACGAUAGCCAUGCCUGUGCCCGUUAUUGUCAAUAAUUUUGGAAUGUACUACUCUUUGGCCAUGGCUAAGCAGAAGCUGCCCAAGAAAAGGAAGAAACACAUCCCUCAGGCAGUGCAGGGAAGUUCUCCGAUAUACUGUAAAGGGGACCUCAACUUGACCUGCAACAGCACUCAAGGUGAAUUGUGCCACGUCAAAGGGGGUAGAUUACUAGAACGCAACCGUUCAGUUCUGUCGGCAGACUGCAGCGCUGGCAGCGACCUGAGCAUGUCUCCGGAGGAGACGGUCCCCAUGCGACGGUCCAGUACCCGGGAACACGACCGGCGAAGUGGGGGCACGUGCUUCCUCCUCGCCGCCAGUGACUACACGUGCCCCGCCGACGGAGGGAUGAGAAAACCAGGUAACUGCACGUGCUAUGAGAAAUCCCGGAGCUUAAACAACAUUGCUGGCAUGGCCGGUAACACCCUGCGGUUGUCUCCCGUGACCUCGCCGUACGGAUCCCCCUGCCCGCUGCGCCGCUCCCGCUCCCCUAUCCCAUCCAUCCUGUGAGGCCUCCAGCCUAAAAAGAACGCCCGCCCUCCCUUCCUUCGGAUUCGUGUCUGAACUCGCAUAUUGCCUACAUCGCAGCUGAGACUUAACGCUGCCAGGCUGGCAAAUCUCAGCAAGCAAGGAAGGAGCGUGCGCUAACAUCCUUCAGUAACACGAUUAUUCCACUUUGUCACUUGGAGUUCCCUUUAGUUCGACGCUGCCAUUUGAGACUUGCAAUAAAGGAACCCUGACUGAAGUAGCCGCCAUCCACCAUGUGAUCCAUAUUGACUAAUCAGGGAUAUUAGAUGUUGCCAUAUUUAGAUAUCAUCAACCGAGACGUGCUUCCAGGGACAAAAAGAUAAAGAGAUGUCACAACAUUUCAACCACACACGACUGUCACUUUGCUUUAUGGUUUGGUGUUAUUUUUGGGGUUUGAAGCGGAACGAAACGGUGCGAGAGUGCAAGUUUCAUCUCGCACAAGCACCGACAGCAGAGCCUGCUCAUGUUUGUGCAACGAUCUGGUUUGGCAAACAGUUCGAAGGAGGAGAAAAGCUUGAGGAUUUAUAUGCAUACAUACAUAAAGAUGUGUCUUUGUUUUAGUUUUAUGGUGUAGGGAUUGUGUUUUUUUUCUUCUUUUUUUUUUUUUUUUUUUUUUUUGAUUCCACUGAGUGCCACCAAACUUGCUGUGUUUCUGGUUGUUUACUGGCAGAUAACUGCAAAGAGGUGGUCUUUACUGGUUUCACACAAGCAGAGAGCAGCGUUCUAUCUUAAUGGCUUUGGGAGAUGGAACCACCAUGGCAGAAAGGUAACACUCUGACGGGACCCCUGGCAUCAGCUUUCAGUGCAGAACACGUAUUUGGUUUGUCAUCUUGUCUCUUUACUAAAGCGGGAUUCAUUGUAGUGAUCGGAAUAUGCUGGUGUUUUAUUAUAGAGACAAGCACAAGGCUUCAUAAAGUCACAUGCAGCAUUUUUCUCCAGUGCAUUAUUAUUAUUAAACUGUUAAGAUUGCAAGCAUAUAUUAACGAAACAAGCAAACUCAGGUUCAAAUGUUUCUAGGUAUAGGUUGGUAAGAGAUUCAAAGCUUCUUCAAGCCUGUUAGCUCUGUCAACUCAACAACUACUUCCUUUCCCACUUCAAAAUAAGAGCCACAAUCAUAGAUGGAACAAUUACUAACACAAACUCAAAGCUGAAGUAAAUAAUAAGCCAUUUAUUGCUGGAGCUAUUGCUAACUCUAAACAAAACAGCAACCAUAUUGGAUUUUAAGGUCAGGAUUGUUUAAAAAUCCACCAACAAUAUCCACUUACUUUAGAUUUCAAUAAGCAAUAUAAAGUUAAGAAACAUCUGUUUCAUUACUGUCUUUAAUUUUUAAUAACUGGAACAUUUGUCCUUACACUUUAACAUUGUAAAGUGUAAGCUAGCUGACGAACAGUGCUCAGCAACAUGUCGGGGAGGGCCAGCUUUACUUUCCAGGUCAAGGAGUUAAAUGACUCGAGGCAACAACAAAAAACAACCUUCGGACGACGUCAGCCAUGUUUUCAAAGGGGACAGUUUAUGUGGUCGCGCAAUGUUUGGUGUGAUUGAGAAAGUUGGAAAAUAACGAGAGGAAAUUCUGGGAGAAAGACCCAAAACACCAUCAGUUUGAUAAGAAUAACAAAAUUAAUUAGCUUAGCAUAGCAUCACAGCAUCAACAAUAACUUAAGCAGAUGGAUGCAUUUCUGAUUCUUGAAACCAAUUUUACCGCCUCCAGUCGCGAUGAAAAAGCUAAAUCCAGUAGUUAGACAUUCUUAAAAUGUUAUGUUAUAUUAAUGUUAUAUUACGCAGUACAAAUGAAAGUUUGUUAGCCGCUUGCGCACAGGCUCUCAACAACCUUCUGAAACUUCCUCCAUAAUUUAUUAAACUCCACCACUCCCUGAGAAUAAACAAGUUAUGGGAGGACUCAACUAUAAUAGGUUGGGAAUACCUUUAAUCCCCUAAAUUUAGUAAUUAUUCGACAGAGUAGUUGACUUCUAAAAGUAUCUGAUAGCCAGAACCUAACUCCUUGUAGAAAUUCAACCAUUUACUCUGAUUUUUUUUUACAACUGUGUGGGGAAAAAAAUCCAAAACAUACACAGCACAUGCAUCAGGCGUAAAUGUAACCGAACAAAUGUUCCAUGUAAUUUCUUUUUUUUUUUCUUUCUUUUUCUGCUGUUGCAGAAACAUUGUUGCGAAUUUCUAAUACUUCAAAAAUCACAAGACGUUGUUCCUGUUCUGACCGCUAGGUGGCAGUCAAGCGUUUUCAAUAUGAUUCCUGGUCUGUAGAGAAAAUUCAUCAACUGGCACUUUGGCUCCAGCAACACUCAGAGGCAAAUUUGAAACAAUAGCUGGAAAUUAUAUGAACACUUUUAGCAUUUUGAUUCAAAAUGGCCUGUUAGGAACCUUUCUAUGUCUUGACAGCGCUAACUGUUACCAGCCCAUACCUACAUGUUACCAGUUUGCUUUAGGAAAUACUCACUAAAAAGUGAGUUGUUGUUGUUUUUUUUUUUUCUUUGAAGCAACUCUUACACCAGACAGAUAAAACCUGCACUAUGUGAAACCCAUCCUCACAGUGCGUCUUUACCACAAGCGCAUGGUUGCCUGGCAACUGGCUCACAGCAAGAUGCAUCUUACACACAGCUUGGCAAGAAGAAAAAAAAAACUUGGUUAAAAAGAUUUUUUUUUUCCUCUUGACUUCACUGCAAACUCUUUAUUUAUCUCCCUUCCCUCCACUUAAGUCACUGAAAUGCAUCACGCAGUUCGUAGAAUCUCACGUUGCAUUUUGAGCGCGUGACCGAUCUGGUCCUUUGUGAGAUGUGUGAUGUUUUUGAAAGAUGUGUCCGUGUUUCACUGAAACCAUUCAUUCCUGUUUGAAUGCCAGUGGGAUAAGACUGUCAUCAGUAGUGGCGACCUAUUGCAGUGGGAGACCGCCCUCUGAACCCACCAGUGGGAACCACGAGGCCACUGCUACCGGACAACACGGAGGACCCUGCAAAGAAGCUAAUGACUGACAGCAACCCACUUGCUGUUCUGCCAACAAGGAAGAGACUUAUUGGUAAAACAACAACAGCAACAAAAAAAUUCUGGGAGGACUUUGAUAUGUUAAGCCCUCUCACGUUGUCAUUAUUAUUUUAUUUUCUUGUUUCGGAAUCGGAGGGGGGGCGAUUGAAAAAAAGAUAGGAAAAAAACUGGUCCUUAAGGAGAAAGUUUAUGACAUAGACAUUGCUCCUGUAAAUACAAUAACUCCAGCACAUCUGGGCCAAGUGGCUCUGUCCACACAUCUGUCUUUUGAUGGCGAGUCGGGUAUCAAGGUGGACGCUAUGGUAGCUGCGUAGUGUCGUGACACUCGGCAUCGAUGCCUUUUCUAGCUGUGGUAUCUCCUUUCCAUCGCAAUAAGUGUAUUAAGACGUAUCCGUUGAGGCACUUUGUGUUUUUGAAAAUGGAGUGUUAAUCGUACCAGAUACUCUACUUACGGUAUAUACAGCGUAGAGAGACAUAAUGUGCUAAGCUGAAUAAAUACAUCACAGUCAUCUAUGCUUACUUCUUAUUUGGUGACAUACGUCGGGCCCCGCCCACGCUAACACCGGCAUUUCUAUUCUUUCUUUGUUUACACUUCCCUUCUGCAAACCAACCAAUUUUCAAUUGGAAAUAAUUUGAGAUUUUAAAGUAAAGUCUGUUUGGGGUGUUUACAUGCACACUGGAUUCAGGUAAUGUUAGCCCACUGCGGCUCACUUCACCCCUUUGCCUUGCAUUGAUUUUUGGUUCCUUCCCAUAUCCAUUUCAGACAUUUAAGCAAACUCUAUUUUAUAUAGUUUACAUCCUUAAACAAUUAUAUGAUUGAUUAGUUUUGUUGUGGUUUAGUAUUUUCCGAAAUGAGAAAAAAAACAAAUGGACAUAAAGAUGAAACCAGGCUUCCUCUUCCCUGAAAUCAGUUGCUAUGUAAAAGAUUUGAGUUUAUGAUACUACAUCAGACACAAAAGGUUAUACAGCAUAGUUUGUUGAUAGAUAUUUUUCAUUGGAGUGAUAUAAACUCAUUUUCUCCUACAUAAUGAGUCAAAAAAGGAAAUUGUAAUUGUAUUCCCUUGUCUGGACAGGUGAAUCGACACACGAUCAAUGAAAUUGGACGGCACCAUUUCAUAUAAAAACAAAAUUAUCUGAUUAAAAAUGAUCAAAACUUUUAACAGUAGUAUCAGUGAAAUGAUUAGUACCUGAAGAAGAAACACAACAGUCCAAAAUGUUCAAAUAAAUGUAUAAACACAAAUCUAUGUUCGUUAAGCUUCAAAUAUAAUAGAAAACAUUUUCCCUAUCACUGCUUUAGCCGUGCUCAUUAUCUUCUUUGGAAUUUAAAUCUAGUGAAUGUUGACAAUAUGUCCACCUACUGGUGCCGAAUUGCUAUAGCAGCUUUUCUUAUUGUCAUUUUACAGAUUUAAAGAGGGGGGGUAAAAAGAUCAGUUAAAAUAAUAUAAAUCUGGCGUAGCGUAGCCAGGGCCUCGGUAGGCUAAGUCACAAACGUGAGUGUGUAUGUCUAUAUGUGUCCCCAAAAACUCUACCAGGUGGAGAGCUUGGGUUUGAAACACUAGUUCAGGGGAGACCAGUGAGUGGACCUGAUGCUGAAUCUUCCAGUUAGUGUUAGCACAAGCGCUCUCCCUGCGAUGCAGCUACCAUUGUAGAAGCCUCCCAUUCCCCCCCACACACCCUCUCUCCCACUAACCCCAGCCACCAAUACCUACCUGGUGCAUUUAGUGCUGCAGAUCUUUUUCUCUCUUUGCAAACCAAAAUGACUCUUAACAUUACUCCUCAUUAUUUCUGGUCGCUGCAGAAAAAAGGGGAAAAAAAAAACCAACUGCAUGACUUGAUUCUUCCAAGCUUUGUUUCCUCCAGCCCCUUAAACCUGCCCUCCCCUCACUCUGUUAUGAGGACGGAGCAAAAAGUGUAGCAGAAAUUUCACCGCGUUCCGAAGCGGGACUUCUAGAGCGGUACGCGUCUGCACUGUAGCAACACUGUGUGCCCGCACAAUCACAUCGGCUUUGCAAUAAGCAAAACGGGGAAGGAAGGGGGAAAAAAAGGAAGACAAAAAAAAAAAGCACCGACCCACACUGUGAUUUCAGCAGCCAGUUAAAGUAGGAACGGAAAUAAAACGAAGCCCCCCAAAAACCGGCUGUUUGUUUGGUAGCGACCUGCGCGGUUGUAGGCUAGCUGUUCGAAGUUAUCGCCCCGUACACACAAUCCUCCUUGUGUAGUAACCACACGCUGCUUUACUCUUUUGAACUGUCAAAGGAGAACCGUUCUUGUGUAAUUCUAGGGUGACGUUGUGACUUGAAAACAAACGGACAACAAGAAAAACAAACAAAAAAAAAAAAGGGUGUUUAUUUUUUUGAAUCCAGAACACGUAUUUUUGUGCCAUGCCGUUGAUGACCCCACCGCUCUGACCGGUGGAAGUCAUGGUGGUCUGAUGGUGUGCUUCUCCAUCGUACGUUCAAACUGUCGACGCUUUUGACCCGAGUUCACAUUUUGUACGUUUUACUGUGAGGAAAGUUCCGGUUUUAAGUGUGUGUUUGUGGCGCUUUUUGUUGUCAUUCUAAAAUGCAUGCUAAAAAAAAAAAUAAAGUCACUAUGUCAAUCUGUACAAAAAAAGUUAAAGAAAUGACCUCCUGUAUAUCAUUCUGUGUAUAGAAUUAAGGUAAAUGCUAUGUGAAAGACUCGCAUAAACUAUUUAUCUUUUA